AUGGUUUUAGCUUCAACAGCAGCAGAUGAACCAGAAGGAUUAGAAUCAAGAUCACCUUAUGCACGUGCCAAUCUGCAACUACCCAAGAAACGUAGACGCACUUGGCGACAAACGAUAGCCAGCUUAUUGAAUCGUAAGCAACCCAUCUCAGGCAUCCCUGGUGAAAAUGGUGCUCGUAUCAUUCAUAUCAACAAUGAUCCACUGAAUGAUGAACAAGACUUCUUACAUAAUCGUGUCACCACCGGCAAAUAUACUUUUUUCACUUUUUUACCAAAAUUUUUAUAUGAAGAAUUUUCAAAAUAUGCAAAUCUUUUUUUCUUAUUUAUUUCGUGUAUUCAGCAAAUUCCUGAUGUUUCUCCAGUAUCAAAAUGGACUACACUUGUACCAUUAGUGAUUGUAUUAAUUAUUACAGCCGUAAAAGAAAUAAUUGAAGACUGGUGUAUUCAUCGUUCAGACGCAGAGGUUAACUCUAAAAAAUGUAAAGUACUACGAGAUACUCAAUUUAUAGAAACAAAAUGGGAAAAUGUCAAAGUUGGCGAUGUGUUACGUAUUGAAAGUGGAGAGAAUUUUCCUGCCGAUUUAAUUUUAAUUAGUAGUUCUGAACCUGAAGGUCUUUGCUAUAUUGAAACCAGUAAUCUAGAUGGUGAAGUGAACCUAAAAAUUAAACAAGCUUUAUCUCAGACAGCCACUAUUUUGAAUCCAACUGACAUGAGUCGAUUACAAGGUGUCAUUCGUUCUGAACAACCUAAUAAUCGUUUGUAUAACUAUGAUGGUACUUUGGCUUUAACUUCCUUUGGUAGUCAUCAUCAUCGUGACUUACCCUUGACCCCUACUCAGCUUUUAUUAAGAGGUGCUCAAUUAAGAAAUACGUCUUGGAUCUAUGGGGUCGUUAUCUUUACAGGCCAUGAGACUAAACUGAUGCUGAAUUCAAGUAAAAAGCCCUCCAAGAUUUCUAACGUCUCCUUUAUUACUAAUCGUAAUAUUAUGUAUCUCUUUUGGAUCUUGAUCGCCAUGAGUUUUGCGGGGGCAAUAGGGGGUGUUCUGUUCAGUAAAUAUCGUGGUCAACAAGCGACUUAUUUACCAAUGAAUUCAGGUUGGGGAUAUGGUAGAGAAUUUGGUUAUGAUAUCUUGACCUUUUUGAUUUUAUUCAGCGCCUUUAUUCCUAUCAGUCUAAUGGUCACAAUGGAAGUCGUUAAAUUUGUUUUAGCUUAUUUAGUUGAAAAUGAUUUGGAUCUCUAUUAUGAAAAGACCAAUACGGCCGCUACAGCACGUAAUAGUAGUUUGAUUGAAGAGUUGGGACAAGUGAAGUUUAUCUUUUCAGAUAAAACAGGCACAUUAACCUGUAAUGAAAUGCAGUUUCGACAAGUCUCGAUUGGUGGAUUAUUUUAUGCUGAUCAAGUAGAUGCGGAUAAGAGAGCACACGAAGGAUCUGAUGAUCCUACUUUACAAUAUACAUUUGAUCAAUUACAAACCCAUUUAAAUACGCAUUCUACUGCUAAUGUCAUUAAUGAAUUUUUAACCCUUUUAGCUGUCUGUCAUACAGUCAUUCCAGAACGGCAAGAGGGUUCAGAUGAAGUCGUCUAUCAAGCAUCAUCCCCCGAUGAGGGAGCCCUUGUUCGAGGUGCGGCAUCACUAGGCUAUCGUUUCCAUACACGUCGUCCACAUUCAAUUACCUGUACGAUUCGAGGUCAAGAACAAGAAUUCCAAGUUCUCAACAUCUGUGAAUUCAACUCGUCUCGAAAGCGUAUGUCAGCUAUCGUACGUGGUCCUGAUAAUCGUAUUAAACUCUAUUGUAAAGGUGCGGAUACCGUCAUCCUUGAACGUCUUGCAGCUGAAAAUCCAUUUGUGGAACCUACUUUGAUUCAAUUAGAAGAAUGUGCAUCAGAGGGUCUCCGUACACUUUGUAUUGCUAUGCGUGAGAUAUCAGAAGAAGAAUAUGCACGAUGGUCGCAGAUCCAAGAUGCAGCAGCGACUACUUUAGUAAACCGACAAGAGGAAUUAGAUAAAGCAGCAGAGAUGAUUGAAAAAGAUUUAUUUCUAUUAGGUGCCACUGCUAUUGAAGAUCGUCUUCAAGAUGGGGUUCCAGAUACCAUUCAUACGCUUCAAGAAGCAGGUAUCAAUAUCUGGGUUUUAACGGGGGAUCGACAAGAGACAGCCAUCAAUAUUGGAUAUAGUUGUAAAUUAUUAAAUGAAGAUAUGAGUUUAAUUAUUUGUAACGAAGAUAAUCAUUGGGAGACAAAGAGCUUUUUAGAAAAGAAGUUACGAGAUAUUAAUGAAGUGAUGACACGAGGAGAAGAUAUGGAGCCAUUAGCAUUUAUUAUCGAUGGUAAAGCAUUAACUUAUGCACUUGAAAAGGACAUUGAAAAAGUCUUUUUUGAUCUUGCCGUGCUUUGUAAAGCAGUUAUCUGUUGUCGUGUUUCACCACUUCAAAAAGCGCUUGUUGUAAAAUGUGUUAAAAAAUAUGAUACAUCUAUUCUUUUAGCCAUUGGUGAUGGAGCUAAUGAUGUAUCUAUGAUUCAAGCAGCCCAUGUUGGUAUUGGUAUUAGUGGUGUAGAAGGUCUUCAAGCAGCUCGAAGUGCAGAUUUCUCAAUCUCUCAAUUCCGAUUUCUAAAAAAAUUAUUAUUAGUUCAUGGUGCUUGGGCUUAUCAACGAUUAAGUAAAAUGAUUUUUUAUUACUUUUAUAAGAAUAUUGCACUUUAUUUAACACAAUUCUGGUAUGCUUUUUAUAAUGGUUUUUCUGGAUCUACACUUUAUGAAUCAUGGACAAUGUCAUUCUUCAACGUUAUUUUCACAUUUUUACCGCCCCUUGUGAUUGGUAUCUUUGACAAGGUUGUCACUGCACGUAUGCUUUAUCAAUACCCUCAAAUGUAUUCACUUGGUCAAAAGAAUGUCUUUUUUAAUCAAAAAAAAUUCUGGGGUUGGAUCGGAAAUGCUACAUUUCACUCUAUACUUUUGUUCUUUUUAGGUGUAGCGGCAUUUAGAAGUGAAGGGGUAUUUAAGAAUGGAUUAACAGGUGGACAAUGGUGGGCAGGUACAACUGUCUUUACAGCAGUCUUGGGAUGUAUUUUAUGGAAAGGAGUAUUAAUUAUAGAUUAUUGGACAAACUAUACAUUCAUUUCAAUGAUAGGAUCCAUGGCAAUUUGGUUCCUUUAUUUGAUUAUUGUUGCAUAUAUUCUACCCGCUAUAUCUGUGAACGCCUUGCCCGAAUAUUUUGGUAUUAUACCUAUGUUAUGGGGGAAUGUUAACUUUUGGUUGUUCUUGAUCAUCAUUCCUUUCAUUUGUAAUUUACGUGACUUUAUUUGGAAAUAUGGUCAACGUGUGUUCUGGCCAAUGCCAUACCAUUACAUUCAAGAGAUUCAAUUUUAUAAUAUACCAGAUUACAGACCAAGAAUGGAUCGAUUUAGACAAGCAGUGAACAAAGUACGUCGUAUUCAAAGAUUAAAACGUAAUCGUGGUUAUGCCUUCUCACAAAAUGAAUCUGAUCAAACGAAAAUUAUUCGUGCUUAUGACACAACUAUUCAAAAGCCAUCGGGCUUAAAUUGA